CAUCCUACCCCAGUGGACCGAGUGGCGCAGCAGUAUACACUGAUACGAGAUCGCCGUACCAUCGCCCUGGCCACACACCGGUGCAGCAAGGUCACACAUCAUACUCUGGAUCUUCGGUGAAGGCACUGUCGGGACACCAGAGCAGUUGGACACAUGGGUCCACUGCAUUCUCGAUGGCAAUGACGCAGCAACAACAGCAGCAGCGGCAACAACAGCAGCAACCGCAACGACCUCCCCUACCACCAGCAAAGACUGGCAGCAGUCUACACCAGUCACAGUAUGGUAACACGCCAACGGCAUCCUCCCUCAGUGGACCGAGUGGCACAGCAGUAUACGCUUAUACGGGCUCUCCGUACUAUAGUCCUGGCAACAGACCGUUGCAGCAUGGUCACACAUCUUACUCUGGAUCUUCGGUGAAGGCACUCUCGGGACACCAGAGCAGUAUGUUUGGUGACGGCAUGCCAUCUGGAAUGGGUGCCACUGGCACUUCCUACUCCGGCAACACAGAGCAGUCUUAUCCGGGCGGCACAGGAAUGGCUCAGAUGGGAGCAGCUAAUCUAUCGGCGACAGCAGAUGCAGGCCUGCCAUCGCAAGCAUCGGGAACACUUACUUCUUUCGAGGAGAACGAACGGUAUAGGCUGAAAUGGAACAGGGAACGAGAACGAAAACGUGUACAGAAAAUCAAUCAGGCAUACAAGGAGCUACGUAAAAGUUUAGCUGACCACUUAACUGGCAAGAAAGUGGAAACGGAGAAAACUAAGGGAACACUUACUUCUUUCGAGGAGAACGAACGGUAUAGGCUGAAAUGGAACAGGGAACGAGAACGAAAACGUGUACAGAAAAUCAAUCAGGCAUACAAGGAGCUACGUAAAAGUUUAGCUGACCACUUAACUGGCAAGAAAGUGGAAACGGAGAAAACUAAGCUCGAGACACUUCGGGAAGCGAUUCAGGUUAUUCAGGCUCUCAGAGACGAGCUUCGAAGUGAAAACAAAGGCCCGAUGGCUGAGUUUUUGGAGCAGUGUAAGGAAGAGAAGGCCAAGAACCAGGGAAUUAGCUCUGCCUCAGGCGGGGUUGAUCAGGGAAUUAGCUCUGCCUCUAGCGGGGUUGAUCAGGGAAAUAGCUCUGCCUCUGGCGGUACUAAUCAUGUCGAGGACGACCGCGACAAUGAAAGUUCCGGCGGUGCAAAGGGAGCGUGAAUAUAAAUAUUCAAAUAAAAAUACAUUAAGGUAAAAUGUACGUGUGAUGACAGUGUGCCUGCUGCCGCAUCGUGAGUCGGUGGUCUCACCAACAGGCUGCUGUGCCUCAGAUUGAGUAAGAAUAUCUGGGCUGCUGGCUGCAGAUGUGCGGGCAUGAUGUAAAUGUCGAUGCUAUGAACAAGAUGAGCUCGUUGAGCUGUCGACUAUCUUGCCUCAGUCUACAUGUGUUUUGUCCAGUUUUUGUCCCAUGUUUAUUCCUGUGUUUUGUCCCCUGUUUCAUCCAGUGUUUGGUGCAGUGCGUGUGUGCUCCAGCAAUGCUUGUUCUCCAAGCUGCUAUAUUUCUAUUGCUGCUGCUGCUGCUAUCAAUAUGAUGUGUCAUGUCAAUAAAAACAAAAAUAUAUAAUUAUAAAAAUGGACUCGAUCGGAUGGACCUUCCCCUCCUUAUGUUGCUUGUAAUAAGUUGUAGUUCCUUGGUCCUUUUUUUCUUUUCUACACAAAAUAUAAAAACAUCAGUUGCCACGGUUACUA